GGAGAGCAGGGAGUGUUGAGGAAGGUUUUAGCUAUAGCAGUAGCUGUAACCUAAUCGGUGACGGUGGGUUUUUUUUUAGGUGAGUCCUUUUUAUUGUUAUCUUUAUUCCUCUCUGGUUGUUUAAGGGUUGUUGGGAGGAUCCACAGUAGGACACGUCAAAGUGGAUUUGAAAUAGUUUUGUUUCUUUGAUUUGUUUAGUUGAGGGUGAGAUUUCGGUACUGUUGCUGUCUUUUCCUUAACAGCUUAUUUUAUGGCUAUACUAUAGUUGGUCCCAUGGAGCAUUUACUAUGUUUUUUCCCAUAAAUGGAGCUUUUACUGUGUUUCCUGGCCUGCCAUUUACUUAGAACUCUUAUUCUCCAGCAUAAAAGUUAUAUUGAAGCAAUCAAAUUUGUCCCCACUCCUAACAUACAGAAGUAGAAAGAGACACCUACCCAAAAACAAAAGAAAGUAGAAAGAGACACCAAUAUAUUAUCAGGCUUGUGUUACUUUGUUCUUUUUCUUGCUUUCAUUAUAUUAAAUAUCUUGUUAUUUUUGGAUUCUCAUUUGGUUCUCGUUUAACCAAUACAGUAAAGUAUAUCUAACAAUGUGUUUUAAUGACUAAUCUACAAUGGUUCAUGUUUAACCAAUACUAAGUACAUAAGCAUAAACUAAUAUAAGCUUGAUUUUCAUUUUGAUGUGCAGAUGACUGAAUAUCUUGAACUUGAUUUUCAUCACGGAGGAAUGAUGGACUUCUCGGGAGAUGUCCCACGCUAUGUUGGGGGUUUUUCGGUGAAGGUCAACGUGGAUAAGGAUGAGAUGUCCUUCUUUGAAAUAGUGAAUGUGGCUACUGUAUAUCUGAAGUAUGUAUCUGUCCGCAAAAUUUGGUAUUUGACUCCCAAAGCUAUCAUGGCUACGGGUCUACACGAGGUGAGAAAUGAUGAGGAUGCGAUGAUAGGGUUGUUGGUCGAUGCUGCAAAUACUAAGAUCAUCUCAGUAUUUGUAGAAGUUGUUGAUCCGAAUGAUGGUGCGAUGGGUGACAAUAACAAAGUAAACGCCGGUACAGAUUUUGUAGGGCAGCAUGGUAACAACUCUGUGGCUAGGGAGAUACAUCAUGUUAUUGAUUCGAAUGAUGCGAUGACUUCGGAUGAAGACUACAUUGAAGGGCUGUCAAUUAUGAAAAUGCUUGGAUUGACAAUGAGGGUUGCAACAUGGGAUUAUGCUUCUGGGGAAGAGGUGGGCCAACCUAAUGAAAUGGUGCGAGUUCCACAAGAUUCUGAUUCUAAUGAUGUUUCAUAUUAUCCUGAUCAAGAGGAUAAUUUAUCAUAUUCUAAUGAAGAUGUGUAAGCUUUUUAUUCUGAUGAAGAGGACCCGCCUUCUAACGAUUAUCAACAAGUGCAAGAAGAAUCAACUUCUUAUUAGUGGCUUCACCAUAUGAAAACAGAAGUUCAUUUCAUUUUUUUUUUUUUUAACUCUUAUCACACUUUAUCCUUUAUAGCUUAAUGGUGCUAAUGGAGCUGGAGUAUCUGCAGCGUUUGUUGGGAGCCAAGUGCCAACUAAUAGAGAUUGACACCGUGCAAGUGCCUGCAACUCAACCACUAGAGUGAUGGACUCUUUAGCAGAAUUUGCAGCUUAAUUAGUAGACACUAAUUAGAAAAAUAGAAUUUAGUUUCAUCG